AUGCGUUUCACUGCCACUUCCGCCGCCGCAGCCUUGGUGCUCGCGGCUUCUGCCCAGGCCAAGGGCGUCACGAGCGAGACUUCCGACCUUGACGGUUCCGUAUGGCAGGCCAUCACUCCCGUCAACGCCCGCAACCCGCUCGAGAUGGCCCGUAACCGCCCUACCAAGAGACAGUCCGGCUGGAGCCCCCCUUCCAACAUCGCCACUCCCCUGAAGGAGGUCUGGGACCACUGCAAGAGCACCUACUCCAACUUCUUCGGCUUCAAGAACUACGGCUGGGACCAGGUCAUGGCCACCAAGGGCACCGUCAACGUCUGCGUUCGCUGGGAGUCCAGCGCCUCCGUCACCGAGGCCCAGCGCAAGUCCGUCGCCACCGCCCUAAACAACGCUCACCAGGGCUGGUACAAGUGGCUCUACGGCUACGACAACUUCCCCUACUCCGACAUCAAGGUCAACGUUGUCGGCUGGGCCGUCAAGGACAAGAGCCUCCUCCAGGGCUCCACCGACGGCAUCCAGGUCUACACCGAUACUGAUGCCGAGGGUAUCCCUCAGUGCGCCGAGUCUUGCGGCCGCUUCUUCAACCAGAACGGCGACUACAGCAAGUGCGCCGCUGGUGCUGACAGACACUACGACCAGUCUCUCUGGCUCACUGACGGCAUGUCCGGUGGUGCCGGUGGUGACUGGGGCCAGCGUAUCGGCCGUGAGUACUUCAUGGGUGCUCUGACUGGCAACGCCCACAUCCUCAUGCACGAGAUCGGCCACACCUACGGCCUGGAUGACUUCUACGACUGGACCCCCACCGGCGUCUCCAGCUUCAUCAUGCUUGCUGGCUCCGCUGCCGAGAUCACCGACUUCGACGGAUGGAUGCUCCGCAACUGGUGGUACGAGCUCUCCCGCGAGCGUGGCUGGCAGUCCGGUUCCACCUCCGGCUCCGGCUCCGGCUCUGCUUCUCCCGCUUCCUCCGCCGCUGCCACCCCCACCGCCGUCCAGGCCGCCGAGGAGGAUGCCCCUGCUGCUUCCUCUGCCCCUGCCGCCCCUGUCGCCGAGCCCACCGAGCCCGCCAGCUCUGGCUCCGGUGCUGCCGCUGCCGGUCCCUGGGGCCAGUGUGGUGGCUCUGGCUGGACUGGUGCUACCGCCUGCCAGUCCGGUUUCAAGUGCACCAAGAACAACGAGUGGUACUCUCAGUGCACCGCUGCUUAA